CUUAGUCUACUAUUUGAAUCCUGUACUGCAAGUCCUUGUGAAUUGCCCUUCAUCGAUUAUGAUCCUAUAAUACUGGGAUUUCUCCCUUGUUUCAACCUUCUCAGGGUAUUGGUCAUCAUCCAUGAUGAAAUGCUACGGUUCGACUCAUUUCCACUUGUGAUUACAAAGUUAUUUCAUUUGAGAUAUCUCCAUGUUGAACAUUUACGCUUGAAUAUUCCUGAAUCAAUCUCAGAGCUUCUGAAUUUGCAAACUCUUAUUUCUAACUGUAGUCCUGUAUCGGGAAUGACUUUACCUAAGAAGAUAUGGUUGUUGAAGAACUUGAAGUACAUAUCUUUAGGAAGAAACACUUAUUUACCAAGUCCUAGAAUAAAUAAGAAUCUUGUGACAGUGAUGCCAAAUCUAGAGAAAUUUUUCGGUCUUUGUUACACAAGUUGUACAAAUGAAGUCUUUUCUAGCAUUCCCAAUCUAAAGAUAUUGACCAUUCAUGUACCUAUUACAUUUAAAGAAGAAAUUAUUUCCUAUCGUCUCUUGGAUAUGUCGAGCUUGAGAAAACUUGAGGCAUUCAAGCUUUCCUGGAACAGUAGUUGGGAAAACCCCAUCAAGACAUUUGUUUUUCCAACAUCAGUUAGGAGGUUGACUUUAUCUUUUUGUAGUAAGUUCAUUUGGGAAGAGAUAUCAUCAACUUUUAUCAUGUUGCCAAAUCUUGAAGAGCUCAAACUUAAAUAUUGUGAAGCCGAUGAUGAUGUAUGGAUAAUGAGCGAUAAAGUCAUAUUCAAAAGCUUGAAGUUGUUGUUACUGAGCGAUCUAAAUCUUAAGCGUUGGGAAGCUAGCAGUGAUAACUUCCCUAAUCUAAAACGUCUUGUUCUGAAGAUAUGUGAGGACCUGCAAGAAAUUCCAACAGAUUUUGGGGAAAUUUGUACUUUGGAAUCGAUUGAGUUACAUGAUUGCAGCGCUACUUCUGAGGAUUCUGCCAGAAAUAUCGAACAAGAACAAGAGGACAUGGGAAAUAAUAUGCUUAAGGUCUACAUCCGUAACAGCAACAGGAAUGGAAGCUUAUUUUGAGGGAUCAUCUAAUAUCGCGGCCAAUUGUGUUUUUGUAUUUUGUAAAUGGUAACUAUUGAUGUACUGUAAUCUCUAUUUUGUUUUCGAAAUAAAUAAGCAUGUUCAAUCUACUAUGCAUUGCCUGUGGAGUGUAAGAUUUGCUGGUUUCACACUGUUUUCCUCAGUUCAUGUAUAAUACAUGUUUUUCGUUGA